AUGCUACUGGAACAGCGAGUGGAGCACCUGGUACCUGCUUUCCUGGGUAGAGACCCCUCCUACCUCUUCACAUUCUUGAGAACAUACAAAACUUUUGCUACCACCCAGCAGGUCCUGGAAAUACUGUUUAUGAGAUACGGAUGCUUCCAUUCAGAGGCUGAGGAGGAUGGCGGACCCCGGGAGCAGGAGAAACUGGCCAUCUCCUCCAUCCUGGGCACCUGGCUGGAUCACUACCCCGAGGAAUUUUUCCGGCCUCCAGACUUCACCAGCUUGAAGCUGCUGCGGGCGUAUGUAAGGGCCCACAUGCCGGGCUCCGAGCUGCAGCGCCGCGCCCGCCUUCUCUACUCAUGGCGGAAACACCCUUUGGCAGCAGCUCUAGAGCCCCGUCCAGACGUGCCUCGGGAGCGAGCCCCCGCUAUCUCUGGGGUGCCCACUGCAGCCUCGCGGCCCAGGCUGCCUGAAGCCACCAGUUCUCCUGGAGCUCAGCGGGUACGAGAAUCGGAGACCCUCACUGCAGCGUCCCCACCAGGGCAGGAGGUACUCCCAGCUCUGGCUGACAGUCAGCAGCUGGAAGAGCCACCUGCCCCUUUGGUGGCCCCAGAGCAUGAGCAGCCCCCAGCCCCAGCCGGCGGGGUCACGGAACGGCUGGAGCAACCACCUGCUGCAGCUGAGCAACCAGCCUCAGCUCCCCAACAGCGGCUCAUGUCGGCUGCAGCCCCACAGGAUGAAUUCCCUGACCUUGUCAUUGUGUUCUUUGUCAUUUCUGUAGUUGUUAUAGCGGUAUUUACUGUCCUUAUAUAUUUGUGUUUUAUAAAUAAAAGAUAAACUAAGUUCCAAACAAUUUACUCUGAUCCUUUGAA